GAAGCUGAGGUGUUGUCUGGUUCUCCCAUGCGGGCGGGCGUUGUCAGACAGAGCCAAGCCCCACAGGAUGUGCACUCAGUCUGCUGCUGAAGUCUCUGGAGGUAGCUAGGGAGCUAGCCAUGAGCUAACAAGUAGCUAACUGAGACUUCUCAUUCUGCCACCAUAAUUCAACCUUCGUCAAACGCCGUGCCAAGGCGAAUACUGUUUCAUUUAACGGAAUUAUCAUUCGGCCCUUUGUUGCAGCAGUAUUUUACGGUCUACAUUUCACAAUCCUUCCCUGCACCGCCAGCUUCACCUUGAACUUUAUCCUUUUCAAACCCGGAUCUCCCCGUAGACAGAGCCAUGGCAGCUGCUAAGCCCAAGGGGCAGAACUCUCUAGCCCUUCACAAAGUGAUAAUGGUGGGCAGUGGAGGAGUGGGGAAAUCAGCCCUCACACUCCAGUUCAUGUAUGAUGAGUUUGUUGAAGACUAUGAGCCCACCAAAGCAGACAGUUACAGAAAGAAGGUGGUGCUGGACGGAGAGGAGGUACAGAUUGACAUCCUCGACACAGCUGGACAAGAAGACUAUGCAGCCAUUCGAGAUAACUACUUCCGCAGCGGCGAGGGUUUCCUCUGCGUGUUUUCCAUCACAGAACUGGAAUCCUUUGCAGCAACAGUUGACUUCAGAGAGCAGAUUCUGCGAGUGAAGGAGGAUGAGAAUGUUCCGUUCCUCUUGGUUGGUAACAAAUCGGAUUUGGACGACCGACGGCAGGUUAGCGCAGAGGAGGCGAAGGCACGUGCUGAGCAGUGGGGCGUGUGCUAUGUGGAGACAUCAGCCAAAACCCGAGCUAAUGUUGACAAGGUGUUCUUUGACCUGAUGAGGGAGAUCCGAGCGAGGAAAAUGGAGGACAGCAAAGAGAAAAACGGGAAGAAGAAAAGUAAAAGUUUGGCCAAGAGAAUUCGAGAGAGAUGUUGUAUUUUAUAGUGGUAAAAAAAGGGCAGGGUAGCUGCUGAUGUACAUAUACAUUUCUCAGACUUUUGCAUUUAUUUUGUGCCCACACCUGACCAUGACUUUCUGUUCCUGGCUAACAGGACAUCUGACCGUGUGUCAGGGAGUAGUAAGGUGGCACUCCAUUUAUAUUAUAGCUCUAACUUUUUAUGUGCUGACACUCCAAAUCAUUUAUGUACCCUCUCCUACUCUGGCCACCUUACAGAGUGUAAUACA